UGAGUACUAGCAGAGCUAUGGCGGUGGCCAUGUUUGGCAGGAUGCUACACUAUCUAGAGCUGCAUACUAAGAUCUUAAAGAUUGAGCAAGCAUGACUCUUUUCAAAGACUAUAAUAACCGCUAUUUUUCAAGCAUCGACAAUGUCGAACUCGUUCGUAAAUCCAUUUCAACUCUGUGUGUGUCGAUCCCAGUAAACGUUUGCGACAUCUUCUGGUCCUACCCAUACAUCGUCGCGUGGACCGCGUUUGCACCUUUAGGCGCAUACAUCUUUGUAAGAGAAGUGCUCAUGGCCAGAGGCGUUAUACAUGACGGUCGCGCACGGCGCGUUGUUACUAUUCUGAACAGUGGUUUCGAAGACAAACUUAACACUCUCCUCGCUCGACAUAUCUUAGGAAAUGCAGGCAGCUUUCCCGCCACUAUUGUUUAUCUUGCACCAGACCCUUGAUGCUUUCUGGUGGUCUCAACCGCCAGCGGAUAGCUGCGAUUGUUUCACCGUUGUUUAGACGGUUCCUCGGCAGCUCACUUACCAUGCCAGAAGUAUCACCGAAUGCGAGGCCGAAUUAGUAGAGGUACAGCAGACAAUUGUUGCGGUUGGCAUGGCCCAUCGUUUGCUAAAUGAGAAGCGUGUCAAAAAUCGCGAAUCUGAUUAACUAUCGCAGUAUAAUCAUCGCAAGAUGAGUAUCGCAGUUUAGAUUGACAAAGUGAUUUGAAACUGUCCGAGGCUAGAAAGCGC